AUGGGAAAUGCAGACAGUACCAGCACCUUCGUGUCUCCGGUCAAACCCUCGUUCGGGUUCUCCAAGAAGGAAGAUGUUCCUUCAGCCCGCAGCUGGUGGAGCACCAGGAGCUGGGGGCGGAGCUACCAGAGCCAGAACGCCUCCUGGCGUUAUGAGUCCAGACCCACGGCAGCUCAAGGGAGCCCCAAGCUGAGCUCUGGUUCUCCUCUGAGGUUCUACAGAGGGGAGCGGGCUCAGGGCGGCCGCAGGAGUCCGUUUGGAUACCGAGGGAGCGACUGUGAGCAAACGUCUCUAGAGAGUGGCGAUGGCGGCAGCCUGAAGGUGCUGCCCAGGAAAGAUGGCAGCUUGAUGGUGGCGUUCACCAGCGCCAGGGCGGUCCCCGUCGAGCCACAGGGUCCUUUGCUCGGCGCCGCUCCAGAACCGUCUCUUCGCACCAGUAAAGGCAGCUCGCUCAGCUCAGACGGCUCCUGGUACGACUCACCGUGGGGCACCGGCGGCGAGCUGACCGACAACAUGAUCGUCUGUGGGCGGAGUCUCGACAACAGCAGCGGCUACAACACUUUCUCCUCCACUCGGGUGGAGGACAUUUCACCGGAGUUUAGCUCCGCCCACCUUUUUCAAACCACAGCCUACAACAGCUGCUCCUCCGGCCGCACCGAUGACAGCGGCAUCGGAGACUCUGUGAUCCUGCAGCCGGACCUCCAAGACCUGGACCUGGUCCCACCACCUGGUUUCUACAGCCGCCACAUCACGCCGCCCGCCUUUCCGACUUCACCCGAAACAGUAACUACCGAGUCCGACUCGUUUUCCACCGCAUUUGAGACCUGCUUCCAGCAGGAGCUAGCAAACUCCGCCUCCUUUUCCUCGACACUGGAUGAUGUCAUGGUCAGAGGUGCAGAGCCACAAUACUCCGCCUCCACGCUGCCUUGUCGUAAAGCCGAAGUUGGAAGCUCCGCCUCCUGCGGGAACAACAGGAAAGACUUCCUAAAGAGCCGGAUCAGACAGCUGAGCGACUGGACAGGAAGUCUGAGCCGAAAAAAGAGGAAACUUCAGGAGCCGAAUGGCAGCGACGGUUCUGACGUCUUCAUUAAUGGACUGACCGGCUCCGUUCUGUGGUCCUGCAACCCUCUGCACCACCAGAACCAGAACCAGGUCCCUCUGAGUCCCGGCCGCAAAACUCAGAACGUCUAUCAGAACUUCAUGCAGGAGCUGCAGACGGGCUGCAGCAGCGUGGACCACCGGACCGAGCCGUCGGAGGGGGAGGAAGAGGAGGAAGAGAUGGAUGAAGAGGAGGGAGGAAGAGGAGGAGGAGGGGCGGUUCUGUUGGGGGAGGAGCAGGGUGUGGUCCGGCGGGCCGGGUGGCUCUCCUUUAAAGCUCUCCUCACCGUCAGCAAGGACAGGAAGUUGGAGCUGGUUUCUCGCCGCAGGUGGAGGCGGUUCUGGGUCACACUGAAGGGCUGCACGCUGCUGUUCUACGAGGCGUUCGGGCGAAGCGACGGGGGUGGGGAAUUGGAGUUUUCUCCUCAUUAUGCUCUUCUGGCUGAGGACAGCAUCGUCCAGGCCGUCCCCGAACACCCGAGGAGGGAACACGUCUUCUGUCUGAGCAACUCGUACGGAGACGUUUACCUGCUGCAGGCCUCCAGCCAGACGGACCUGGAGAACUGGGUCACAGCGGUCCACUCGGCCGGCGCCGCCCUGAUGGCCCGACGGGAGGGGAACCGGGACACGCUGCCGCUGUUGCGCCGUUGGAGCCGCUCGCUGCUGCACCGGAUCGACACGGACGGGAAGAUGAAGAAGAUGGCUGAGCUGCAGCUGUCAAUCAUCCAGGAGCAGAAGAACCGCCGGGCCGUGCAGAACCAGAUCCAGCAGUGGGAGCAGAACCUGGAGAAACUGAACCUGGACCUCUUCAGACUCAGGUGUUACCUGUCCAGCCUGCAGGGCGGCGAACCGCCGAACCCGAAGAGCCUCCUGGCCGUGGCCAGCCGGACCUCCAAGACCCUGCUGGGACGCCUGGGGGUCUUUACCGUGUCCUCCUUCCACGCUCUGGUCUGCAGUCGGGAGGAGGGUCCGUUGAGGCAGCGCUGCCGGUCCCUGUCAGGAGGUUCUGUGAGACAAGGCCCGAUGUCCUCCCUGAAGGUUCUGAAGAGACGGAACAAACACUCAGAGCUCCAGGCGUGUGAAGAUCCGAAGUCCUCAUCAGUCGGAGCUUUCAGUCUGCAGCUCCGUCGACUCGACGAACACCAGAACUUUGGGUUCGCCGUGACGGGCCACGUGGACGGAGUCGGUAAAAGUCACGUCUUUGUCAGCGAGGUCGACCCGUUUGGACCGUCAGCUGGAGAAGGACUUCGGGCCGGAGACGAGGUUCUGGCGGUGAACGGGUCGGCCAUCUGCGGCCUGGACCUGGACCUCCUGCAGACUCUGUUCACCCACCAGAACUUGCAGCUGCUGCUGAGGAGAGACGAGUCUCCUGAUCCCGAGGAGCCCACCGUCUGGCCCGACCCUGGAGACCCCGCCCUGCUCACCUGGACCACAGAUGCAGCUCCAAGGCCCGCCGGAUCUGACAGAAAGCUGGAUCUGGUUCCUGUGUUCUCCUUUCAGAAUGUGGACCAGGUUUUCCCACUGUAUCAGGCCUUUGCAGAAACCAGAGUUUCUGAUUGUGACACCCCCAAAAACCCGUACUGCGGAGAGGCCAGUCUUCAGCUUACAAGCCCCACCCAUCUAAGCGACUGUCAGCGUCUACGGAAAGUGAUCGAAGAGUUGGUCGACACGGAGAAAUCCUACGUGAAGGAUCUGGUCUGUUUGUUGGACAUCUACCUGACUCCGCUGCAGAGCGAGACUUUCCUCAGUAAAGACGAGAUGGAGGCGUUGUUCGGGAGUUUGCCAGAGAUGUUGGACUUCCAGAGAGUUUUUCUUCAAACGCUAGAGGAGAGAAUCGCUGCCUGCCCAAACUUCAGCCGCCUGGAAACUCCCGAACAGUUUCAAAUGCUUCUUUUUUCAUUGGGCGGGUCCUUCCUGUAUUACGCCGACCACUUCAAGCUCUACAGCGGUUUCUGCGCCAACCACAUCAAAGUCCAGAAGGUUCUGGAGCGAGCAAAAACAGACGGAGCCUUCAAGCACUUCCUGGAAACGAGGAAUCCGACCAAUCAGCACUCGUCCUCCCUGGAGUCGUACCUGAUCAAACCUGUUCAGAGAGUCCUCAAGUACCCGCUGCUGCUGAGAGAGCUGGUGUCACUAACUGACCCGCACAGCCCGGAACACACUCACCUGACAGAGGCGCAGAGAGCGAUGGAGAAGGUGGCGACUCACAUCAACGAGAUGCAGAAGAUCUACGAGGAUUACGGCUGCGUGUUCGAUCAGCUGGCCGCUGAGCAGAGUGGAGCUGACAAGCAGGUAACAGAGAUCUCAAUGGGGGAGUUUCUGGUCCACUCGUCGGUGAUUUGGUUGAACCCUCUGCCGUCUCUGCGGCACCUGAGGAAGGAGCCUCAGCUCACGCUGUUCGUGUUCAAGCGAGCCGUUAUCCUGGUUUAUCGUGAAAACAACAAACUGAAGAAGAGGAUGACGAACUCCCGCUCUGCUGAUCUGGACCCCUUCAGGUUCCGCUGGUUAAUCCCAGUUUCAGCUCUACAGACCAGACCGGCCAACAUCCCAGGCUCUGACGACUCGUGUGUGUGGGAGCUGGUUCACAGUAAGUCAGAGGUCGAAGGUCGACCCGAGACGGUGUUCCAGCUGAGCAGCAGCUGUUUGGAGACAAAGGCCAGCGUGCUCCGAGUUCUGGGCUACCUCCUCAGAGACCGAGGGCCUGGCGACUCCCUGAGGAGAUCCAAACUGUCAAAAACUGAGAGGAGCGGCACGUGGAGGAGGAGGCAGCCUCGUGGUCCCUCCGACCUCCAGAGGACACCUCCUCAUCUGACGGAAGGGAGCUGCAGACCCAACGGCGUCCUGAAUGAAACCUGCUCGGAGCCUCUGCUGCCCAGCCGCUCCACCUCCGGCAGCACCUCCUCUGAGAGGAGAACCAGACUCUGCUCCCUGACGGGCGAGCUGGAGGCUCAGCUGCAGCGGCUGAACUUCACCGAGGACGAGGAGACGAAGAGAAGCUCGAGUCUGAGACGGCGCCCUGCAGGAGAAGUGCUGGACUUCAGCACCUUUCUGGAAAAGGACUUCAGCGUUCAGAGCAUGACGUCCAUCGUCAACGAGGACUGUUUCUACGACUCGGUGCUGAGGAGCCAGACGGCUGCUAACGGGCUAACGGGCUAA